AGGCAACAUGUAUAUAUGAAUGUCUUGUUUUAUUAUAUUGAACAUUUUUUAAGGGAACUGCUCUGUCAUCGACUUGUUCUUUCCAUUUGUAGUCCAGUAUUUAAGAGUAUACUGAGUAAUACAUCUACAGCUAGCAGUAUCCAUCCUUGUAUAUAUCUCCAGGGUGUAAACUAUGAAACCCUGCAAAGUAUCCUGGAUUUCAUGUACCAGGGUGAAGUUAUGGUAUGUCGAGACAACCUUAAUUCCUUCCUUCGUCUAGCUAAAGAAUUAGAGGUUCGUGGUCUUACCUACCCUUCCACCUCUAAGGAAGAACAAAACUUGACCCCGGAGAAAACUAAGAAAUCUCAAACUAAAAUAAACCAAAAAACCGUGAGUUCUGUCUCGUUGUCAGAGAAGACUAGAAAAUCCGUCCUUAACCAACCUUCUCAAUCUUCAACCUCAACCUCGGAACCUCAAGGGCACCCAUCCCAAGGUGAGGCUGAAAGGCGAGGUCCAACAUCUUCCAUCAGAGGUCAUGGAAAGCGGUCAUAUCUUCCAACAUCAUAUGAUUCUGAGGAUGAGAUAAAAGUCAGCAAGGUCGUGAACUUUAAGAAGAGACCUAAACCUGCGUCUAGAAACCAGUUCUCUAGGUUUAACGAGUUAGAAUUGGAACAAGAGGGAGAAGAGAAUCAUGGAACAGAUGUAGAGAUCAUUCCACAAAUAGAUACAGUGUUCCAGGAUAAUGAGGUUGAUGAACCAGUAGUUAGAGAGGAUGAAUUCUUCUCCGACAACUCCCAGGGCCUGAAGACGGAGAUUUCAAUCACUGAAAAUAUUUCUGAUGGUUGUGAUAUCGCUGAAAUGGCGAUGCUUUCCCAAGAGUGUCAAGAGGACCUGGCCAGCCUACGGGUGAUAGCUGAGUCCGGGAACCAGACGGAAGAGGACAGAGACAUGUUGGCAACCCUAGAGGAGGCCUUGGAGGGACUCACUAAGGACCGCCUGGUCCAGGUUCCUGAUAAAAGCUGGAAGUGCACCGAGUGCAAACGUAUUUUCUACGCCAAACUUUCCUGUCAGAACCACGUGGAGUCAGAACAUCUAGCACCAGACAGUCAUGUAUGCGCGGCAUGCGCGCAGAAGUUUCCAACCAUAAAAGCUUUGAGGGAACAUGUACUCUCAGGACACAGAAAGGCUGGAGAACCUUUUGAACUGUGUCGCGAGGUUGAAGAAGAAGGUCUAGAUGUGGACGAGGAUCUAGUUGAACUGGAGACCCCGGAGACAAGACAGGAACUGGUGGAGAUAGAAGAUUGUGAAGAUAUUCAUGUCAUAAAUUGAUUUAUUUCUUACAGUGACGAUCAGUAAAAAGUGGAAUUCAAGUCGUCAAUCUCAAAACAUUUUGAUUAGAAAUGUCGCAAAAUUUUUAAUAGUAUUCGUAACUCUCUAAUUAAGCCCUUUCCAUAAUUUAUAAAAUCAUAAUAGUUACAAUGUAAUCUUUAAAAAUUAACCUGUUCUGGUUCUCUCUGUAUUAAAAUUU